AUGAGGACGUUGCUUGUUCAAACUCUUUGCAUCACUCAAGUUCUGCUCUGUGCUGCUGACUCUCCUCUACUGAGCGAGGAAACACUGAAAAAGCUGUCUGCAGCGGGAGAGCAGUGUGUCGAUGAGGAGAUAAAGCGAGCUCUCCUCGGGGUGAAGCAGGUGAAGGAGACGAUGGAGAAAAAAGAGGAGAAGCACAGACAUCUCAUGGACGCCCUGAGACACAGCAGUGACAAGAAGACGGGGGCGAUGCAGCUGGUUCGGGAAACGGAGCAGAAACUAGAGGAGGUUGAGAAGCAAUGUCGAGACUUAACCAAAUCUUCUUUUGAAGAGUGUCGACCUUGUCUUGAAGAUACUUGUAAGGCCUUUUAUACCUCUACGUGUCGCCGUGGCUUCGCUUAUUUCUCAAUCAAGGUGGAGGAAUUUUUCAGGAAAAUGGCCGCCCAGCUGGACGCCACAGAGCAUGUUUAUGAGGACAUUGCGGAUCGCACAAACUCACCUGACAACCAGGUCACAGAAGAUGCAGCAGAUCUGGAGCUUCUGCAGGCAGACACAUCCUUCAGCCAGCUGCAGUCAAACAUCAGCCUCCUCUACAACCAGAGCGCCAUACUGGUGAAACAGAUGCAACAGGUGUUGGGGCAUCCCUUCCUGUCGGCCUUCACCACAGAGGUCCGGCCCAGCCCGCUGUCGGGGAUGCAGGGUAGCUCGAGUGCUGGUUUCUUCGGGUCGGUGGCUCUGGAUCAGAUCUUUGAUUCAGUUUCUGACUUUGGGAGGAACGUGCUGAAAGAAUUCAGCUCCACGGUGGCUGAAGUGUUUGAGGAGAUACAAGAAGCAGAGGAGGACUUUCAGCAACCAAGCGCAGAUACAGAUUCCCUCUCUGCUUUGGGACAGUCCCAGAACAGAUAUCUAUGCGGACGGCUCCGCAGACAAACAUCAGAGUGCUGGCAGCUUCAAAGCUUGUGUGAGGCGUGUGAAGAUUACCUGGUAAAAGAGUGCCCCAGCGUCCAGCAGUUACAGUCUGAGAUGGAGGAGAUGCAGAUGCUGCUCAACGCCUCCCAACAGCAGUACAACGACAGACUGCGGCUGGUCCAGGGACACACAGCCGACACACAGAGAUGGCUCAGCAACAUGAACGACAAGUACGGCUGGGUCAGCCAGCUGUCCAACAGCUCAGCGAGCCCACACAACAUCUUCAGUGUCAUCACGGUGAAUCCACAGCAGCAGCUGAGGACCAUCACACCAAAAACAGACAGCAUUGUGGUUGUAACUGUACUGGACUCAGCUCCAAUAACUGUCUCAGUCCCAGCAGAGCUGGAGGUGGAUGACCCUGCUUUUAUCCAAUAUGUAGCUCAGGAGGCUCUGAUGCUCCAUAAACGACUGAUAAGAGAUAUUGAUCGAGGCAGUACUGUGGCUUAA